AUGGGAGAGGCCUUGCAGGGGCGCCCAGGAGCCGUCCUGCUGCCCCGGGGAGCUGCCAGCAGUCAUGCUGAGCUGCCUGCCUGCAAGAUGACCCUCACCACCAGCAGCACCAGCAGCAGCACGUCGGCGCCCAGCGUGGCCCAGGCUUUCUUCUGCCUCCUGCUCUGCAUCCCCUGGGGCAGCUCCUGCCCGCCCAGCUGCCAGUGCACGGAGCGGGCGGGGGCCAAGGCCGUCCUCUGCAGCUCCCAGCGCCUGGAGGAGAUCCCCAAGGACAUCCCCAGAGACGUGGUGCUCCUCAAGCUGGACGCCAACAGCAUCACCAGGAUCCCCAGCAACGCCUUCAGGCACCUCUCCCACCUGCAGGAGAUCGACCUCUCCGGGAACGCCAUCGAGAAGAUCGACAGGGCGGCUUUCAGAGGGGUGGCAGCCGGGCUGAGGAGCCUCGACCUGUCCGGCAACCGCAUCCGCAGCAUCCCCAAGGAGGCCCUGCUGGCCCUCAGGGCCGAGCUGCGGCUGGCCAACAACCCCUGGCACUGCGAGUGCGGCCUGCAGGAGCUGCUGUGGGAGGCGCGCCUGGACCCGGCCUCGCUGCGGGACGUCACCUGCCACACGGCCCCGCGGCAGGAGUACGUGGGCAAGCCGCUGCUCCAGGUGCUGGACGCCGGCGCCAACUUCUGCGGCGCGCGCCCGAGGAGCACGGACGUGGCCGUGCUGGUCACCAUGUUCGGCUGGCUCGCCAUGGUGGUCGGCUACGUCGUGUGCUACGUGCGGCACAACCGGGAGCGCUCCUGCGGGCACCGGGAGCGGCUGGGCACGCUGCCGGGCGCCCAGGCCCGUGUGGAGAGCACCAGCACCGCCCUGUAG